AAGUUACAUGUGAUUAACAGUGUUAAUAGUUAUUAUUAUUAGUAAUUAUUUAAAACAAUGCUCAUGACAUUAGUAAUUAUUAAUUAAAAAUUUAUCGAAAUCGUAAACAUUUUUGAAGGACAAUCAAGGUACUCAUCAAUAAUUUAAUAACAAAUUUCAUCAUAAUUUUUUCUUGGAAAAAUAAAUAAAAAUGACACUCAAUCCAACAAAUGUUAGAAAAAAUAUUGAAAAUUUUUUCAAAAAAAAAUCAGUAAAAUAUUUUAUUCCAUUUGUACUUUUUGUCGUUGGUGGAUCAAUUGGUUUACGUGAAUUUACAAGUUUACGUUAUCAAUAUCGUAAUACACUAUCAUUUAAUGAUAAAUUAAAACAUUCUGGAGUUGAAAUUAAUAAACCAGAGGAUGUUAGUCUUGAAAAAGUUUAUGACAAAGUAAAAGAGAUUGAUACGACUAAUUGGGAAAACGUACGAAUUACCAGACCCUGGAAAGAAUAAAUUUAUGUUUUUAAAGAAAAGUAAAUAAUGUUUAUGGUAAAUCUACUUACUUGUCAAAUUUAUCAAUAAACAUACUUAAUUUAUUUUCGAAUUUAAUUAAUUUUCAAUUGAUUAAUAAAUCAUGAUGGCUGUUAUCAUUUAAUCAUCACGAUUUAUUAUUUAUCAAAACAAAAAAACAUGUAAUUGUUAUUUUGCAAAUAAUACAUCAAUAUUUGAAUGAAAAAAAUAAAAUAAUAACAUUGGUUUUGAAUUACUUGAUCAACAAAAAUGCACAAUUAUUAAUGAAGGUGUGA